GUGCUCCCUUCUCCUUCGUACUUUCACCCAACCGCAUACCCUCAUACAACACCAUGCCCACUGUUGCCUCCAUCGCCCAAGCUGAAGAGAUUCAGAAGACCUCUCCAGAGCAGGCUAUCCCUCUUUACCAAGCCAUUCUCGCCGCUGCAGGAACAGACGUUAAAGUCAAGAGUGACCAAGAAGCUGCUCUUUUGAAGUUGGCACAAUGCUACCGUGACCUUCACCGCCCCAAUGAGCUCGCCGCCCUUAUCCACGAUUCGCGCACCUUGAUCACCUCCAUUCCUAAAGCAAAGACUGCGAAGAUCAUUCGCACCUUGAUCGAUUAUUUCUCAGAGAUUCCCAAUACUCUCCCGCUGCAGAUCGACGUGUGCAAACAGACGAUUCAAUGGACAAUUCAGGAGAAGCGAAUUUUUUUGAAGCAGGCAUUGGAAACGCGAUUGAUUGCUCUGUACUUGGACAACAAGAUGUAUAGUGAUUCACUGGCGUUGGUGGCGACAUUACUCAAGGAGCUCAAAAAGCUGGAUGACAAAAUGGUUCUGGUUGAGGUCCAGCUGCUGGAGAGUCGAGUUUGCCAUGCCCUGCGUAACCUGCCAAAGGCUAAGGCUGCGCUUACGUCUGCACGCACAUCAGCAAAUUCUAUUUACUGCCCACCGCUGCUACAAGCAGCACUGGAUAUGCAAUCAGGAAUCCUUCAUGCGGAGGAAAAGGACUACAAAACAGCAUUCUCUUACUUUUACGAAACACUGGAAGGAUAUUCGUCGUUGGAGGACCCAAGAGCCAUUUCUGCGUUGAAGUACAUGCUGCUCUGCAAAGUCAUGCUCAACUUGUCUGAAGACAUUCAGUCGAUCCUAAACAGCAAAGUGGCUCUCAAGUACCGCGGUGUGGAAGUGGAUGCCAUGAAGGCGAUUGCAUCAGCUCACCAGAACCGCUCUUUACAAGAAUUCGAGCAAGCAUUGGCUGCUUAUCGUGAUGAACUGGGUAACGAUCCCAUUAUCAAGAACCAUCUCAACUCGCUGUAUGACAAAUUGCUGGAGCAGAACUUGGUCCGUGUUAUUGAACCGUUCUCAAGGGUCGAGAUUGCACACAUCGCAAAGAUCGUCAAAUUGCCUGCACUACAGGUCGAGACCAAGCUGUCGCAGAUGAUCCUGGAUAAGACAUUUCACGGAGUACUAGAUCAGGGUGCAGGAUGCCUGGUCGUUUUCGAGGAGACACCAGUGGACAAAACAUACGAGAGUGCGCUGGAAACGAUGAAGAACAUGGCCAAUGUCGUCGAAUCGCUGUAUGAGAAGGCUUCAAAGCUCACGUAGUUGAUUCGAUAGAGUAUCACGGGCUUGAUAGCAAUUUGCAAACGCACGCUAGACAUGACAUCGGUCCGGAAAAUAAAAGACAGUUGACUGAACAGA